AUGGAGACUGAAGAAAUAAAUAAUACUACAACAAAGUCUACAGCAACAGCAGCAGAUACAACUGUCAAAAGGACUGUCUUGUUAAUAGGGUCGACAGGUAAAGGGAAAAGUACAUUGGCAUCUGUGAUUAGUUCAACGUCACAUGAAUUUAAAUCAAAGGAUGCGUCUGUUGGAGUGACCAAGGAAUGCAAGAAAAAGUUGUUUAAAAAGAUUAAAGGCUUUGAGAACUUGCAUCUGACACUACUCGAUUCACCGGGAUUACACGACCCAAACAUAUCACACGACUCUAUCUUUAACAAUAUCGCCGAGACAUGUUAUGCACUCAGAGGAACGGGGAUCAACCAAAUCAUUUUUGUCACACGUGGUAGAUUCGAUCAAAACGAGAUCGAUGUCUUGGUAACGAUGAUCGACGCUCUGUUUGGUGGUGAUAUGGACUAUUUAAAGUACACUACUAUUGUCAGAACACAUUCAGACUUUUACCAAAACAAACAAAAGUGUGACAGUGAUCUAGAGAAACUCAAAAAGAUCGAUCCCAUGGUCGGUGACAUUAUCGAUGCUUGCAAUGGUGUGCUCUAUGUCGACAACUCAAUGACGAGUGAUAACAAGAGAUCGGUCGACUCGAAGCGGUCUCGUGAAAUCGUCCUCAACCAUCUGAUUGAUAACUGUCAAGAGACGUUCUACCCAACUGCCAUGCGAGAGAUGUACGAACAGCUGCGUCCGGUCAUGAUCAAGAAAAAGGGACUGUUGAACAAGCUCAAGAACCUUACCAUUGGAGACGACUCGACCCAAAAAGACAAUGCAAUGACCGAAGAAGAAAAGAUCAAUGCUGAAAAGGAACUCGAAAAGAUCGACUUGGCAGCCAGUCGGAUCAUCCAGAAAAUCGUCAAAGAAACAGGGGACAACCAAGGUUGGAAAAAGUCAAAGUCUACCAAGCCAACAACGACUGGCUCGCCAUCAACAAUCAAACGAGUCAAAGGUCUUAUUAAAAAACCAAAAAAGGAAGAUAGCUUUCUUGGAACCACCAACAAAAAAGUGGUGGUAGGAGCUAGCCGCGCAGCACCAGUUGAAGAAGAAUCAGAAGAGGUCAAAAAGCAAGCAGAAGAAGUUAAAAAAAUGGAAAAGAAACUAGAGGAAAUGAAGGCAAUGAAGAAACAAUUGGAAGAAGAAGAGAAAAAGAUGGAACUAGAAAAGAAAAAGGCACAAGAUGAAAUGAAAAAGACAAAAAAGGCUGAAAAGGCUGAAAAGGCAAAGGCAUUGGCUGCAGAGUUGGAAAAGAAUCCUCCCAAGGAAAAGGAUACAUCUACUACUUCUUCCUCCAAAUUCUCUACUAAAUUCAUUUCAAGUGUAUUUGAUAAAAAGGAAAAGAAGGAUGUCUCAAAAGAACCAUCAUCAUUAUCAUCAUCACCUGCUACCGUUGUUGUUGCAGACAAACCAAGAGAGGUCUCCAAGAUAGAGGUGACAAAAGCAAGAUUAUUUGAAGCUGCCAAUAGUGGUCCAUCACCAUCCAUUAAACCAAAAUCAGGUGUAGUUGCAAACAAGAUUAAAUCUUUAAAUGAAAAUACUAAUAAUAAUAAUAACUCUGCAACAUCAACAAAACCAACUACUACUACUACAACUACUACAACUACCUCUUCUGCAACACCAACAAAAGGUGUUUUGAAACGUGCCCCAGCAGUAUCACAGUUAAAAACAACAACAGCAACAACAACAACAACAACCACCACAAAAAAGGAAACCAAUACCAAUACUGUAAAAUCAUCACCUACUUCCAAACCUGCUGGAUCUGUAUUAAAUAGAAUCACUCAAAUUGAAAAGAAUAAUCAACCUUCUUCCUCCCCAACCAAACCAAAAGAUAUUCCUGCCAAACCAAAGGAACACCCCAAAACUCAAGUAACAUCAGAGUCACCCAAAACAACAAAUAUCACCACCACCGCCACCACCAUUCAAGACAAGAAGGAUGAAGUUGCCGUUGUCGGGUCUCCUUCUACCUCUAGCAAAGGAGCAAACUUUCCAAAUAUUAAAAAAUGGUUACCUCGUGGUGGAAAUGAAUCAUCAAAAGAACCAAAAGAGAAAAAGGAACCAAAGGAACCAAAGGAAGUCAAACCAGUAAAAGAAAAGAAAGAAAAGGAACCAAAACCAAUCAAGGAAAAGAAAGUAGAAGAUGAAAAUGUAGGAGGAGGAGGAGGUGACUCUGCAGAGUCAUCAGGAGCUCUCAAGAUUUCAACAAAGAACUUCCCAUCAUUCCUUGGAUUUAAAAAGACGGAAAAGAAAGAAAAGGAACCAAAACCAUCAGACAUUGCAGAAAAUGAUGAAAUUAAAAGUUCAUCGGAUGGUAUUCCAUCUCCAUCAACACUGUCUCCAUCUCAAUCGAGUCCUCCAAUCGCUAAAAAAGGAACCAUCUCUAGAUGGUUAACAAAUAAUAUGAAAAGUUCAAUGGGUGACAACAAAGAUCCAAUUCAGUCUCCAGACAUUACCAAUCCUCUUCCAUCCACAGAUGAUAUGCCAGACCCAGAUUCAGAUGACUCUGAUGGUAUCUUUGAUACUAGCGACGAGGAAGAAGAUGAUGAUGAUGAACAAGAAAGUCAAGAGGAAUCAGAUCAAGAAGAGGAAGAAGAAGAAGAAGAGGAAUAUGAAGAAAUAGAGGUAGAGGAAACAGAUGAAGAAGAAGUAGAAGAAGAAGAACAAGUUAUUGAAGUAACAGAUGAUGAGUAUGAAGAAGUAGAAGUAGAAGAGGAAGAGGAAGAGGAAGAGGAAGAGGAAGUAGAAGUAGAAGUUAUAGAAGUAACAGAUGAUGAAUAUGAAGAAGUAGAAGUAACAGAUGACGAAGAAGAAGAAGAGGAAGAGGAAGUAGAGGUUAUCGAAGUAACAGAUGACGAAUAUGAAGAAGUAGAAGUAACAGAUGAAGAUGAAGAUGAAUAUGAAGAAGUAGAGGUUGAAGUAACAGAUGAUGAAGAAUAA